UAAAGAAGCGAAAGUAUUGAGAUUUAUUAAACAGGCAGGCAACACAGAUUAAAAGAUUAUAAACAGUAAGGAGCGUGCAAGUCGACCACUGGUCCCCACAGGACAGUUCUCAUUAAGAAUGUCUGCGAUUGUCGCUCAGUCCCAUCACAUCUUUGGCAUCCGAGCAGGAGUUACGAAUAAUGUUUUCUACUUUGAUGAACAAACUAUUAUAUUCCCGUGUGGGAACAACUGUUUACGGUACAACAUUGACCAGAAUUGGCAGAAGUUUAUCCAAGGGUCAGAGAAAAGUCACUGGAUGCAGGCCCUGGCCAUCAGCCCUAACCGGCGUUACCUUGCGGUGUCGGAGAGAGGGGAGAAGGGGAGCAUCACUGUGUACGACCUGCAGCAGGAGCAGAGCAAGAAGAGGAAGGUGCUGACUGGGGGAGAGCUCCCGGUGCAGGAGUUCCUCUGCAUGGCCUUCUCCCCCGAUUCCAAGUACCUGAUUGCCCAGUCCGGAGCGCCAGACUGGACCCUCUUCUACUGGGUGUGGGAGAAGCAGAAGGUGAUGGCCACCGUGAAGACCAGCAGCCAGAGCAACCCCAUCAACCAGGUUAGCUUCAAUCCUCAGGACAACACUCAGAUUUGCGUCACUGGUAACGGGGUGUUUAAACUGUUCCGCUAUGCUGAGGGAAGCCUUAAACAGUCCAGCUUUCAGAAGCUGGAAGGCCAGAACAUCUUGUGCCAUGCCUGGGUGUCAGAGGAGCGGGUUAUCGCUGGCACAGAGACCGCUAAACUCUUGGCGUUUGAGUCGGGAGACCUGCGCUGGGAGAUGAGUGUAGAGCCUGCCAGCCAGGAAGCAGACCGGUUGCGCUCCAGCACAGAGCAGCAUGCCCUGAGCAUUUCUCAUGCCCGGGUCUCCGCUAUCGUCGCCUAUUCCAAAGGGUUUGCGUGCUCCGCUGGGGCAGGUGCAGUGUGUCUGUUCGAGAAGACAGAGGAAAAGGAUGUCUAUAGGAAAACCAGGGAGAUCAGGAUUCCCCAGGACUUGCACAGUCACAAGCCGAGCCACGCGGAGCAGCAGCAGUUUGCAGCUCUUUGUAUCAGCCCCUCCGAGGAGACCCUGGUUGGCAGUACAGACCGUGGGCAGCUCUACAGCAUCACCCUCUCCUCCGUGGAGAUGAGCAGGGGGGAGCAGGCGAAGUUUGAGUUCCUGUCCUACUCCUUUCACUACGGCAUUAUCACUGGCCUGGACAUCUGUAUCCGCAAACCGCUGAUCGCCACCUGCUCUCUGGACCGAUCCGUUCGCAUCUGGAACUAUGAGACCAGCUCUCUGGAGCUGUAUAAGGAGUUCCAGGAGGAGGCUUACAGCAUCACCCUCCACCCGUCCGGUCUCUUCAUACUCGUGGGGUUCACCGACAAGCUGCGACUCAUGAACCUGCUGAUUGAUGACAUCAGGACAUUCAGAGAGUUCACAGUGAGGGGCUGCAGGGAGUGUGCUUUCAGCAAUGGGGGGCAUCUGUUUGCUGCAGUGAACGGAAAUAUCAUCCAUAUCUACUCUUCAACAACGUUUGAAAACAUCCUCAACCUGAAGGGCCACAACGGGAAGGUGCGUUCCAUUGUGUGGAGUCCUGAUGACAGCAGGCUGGUGUCCUGUGGGAUGGAUGGGGCCGUCUACGAAUGGAACACCAUCACCAGCAAAAGGGAGUCGGAGAGCGUGCUGAAAUCCUGCAGCUACACUAGCAUCACCAUCUCGCCAGAUGCCAAGACCUUCUUUGCUGUUGGUUCUGACUGUACCCUGAAAGAGAUUACUGACUCCCAGAUCCUGCGUGAAGUUCACUCUGAUGAUGUUGCGUACACCACUGUAGUGAUGUCCCACUCGGGAAGGAUGAUUUUCACUGGCACAGCCACAGGAACCAUCCGAGCUAUGAAAUACCCGCUGCCAAUACAGAAAGAGUGGAAUGAGUAUCAGGGCCAUGCUGCACCUGUUACGAAGAUGGCCAUCACACACGAUGACCAGUUCCUGCUCACUGUAUGCGAGCAUGGAUGCCUGUAUAUCUGGAGGAUAAUCGAUAAGGAAGGGCGGGGCUUGAAACGAGAGAAGGAGGUCGUCUAUGCGGAGGAGAUUCUCAUCACCAAGUCAGACCUCGAGGAAAAGAACCAGGUCAUGACAGAACUGAAGACCAGGGCUGAAGAGCUGAAAAUGGAGAAUGAGUACCAGCUCAGACUAAAGGACAUGAACUACAACGAGAAAAUCAAAGAGCUGACGGAGAAAUUCAUCCAAGAAAUGGAGUCGCUGAAAACCAAGAACCAGGUUCUCAAAACGGAGAAGGACAAGCAGGAGCUGAAUCAUGAAAAGGAGAUAGCCGACGUAGUGGAGAGACACUCCAAGGAGCAGCAGGACCUGGAAGCUGCCAACAACCAGAAGCUGAUGCUGGAGUAUGAGAAGUACCAGGAGCUGCAGAUGAAGUCCCAGCGAAUGCAGGAGGAGUAUGAGAAGCAGCUCCACGAGAUGGAGGAGAGCAGGACCCUGGCGCUGGAGGAGCUGACCGAGUAUUACGAGGCCAAGCUGCAGGAUAAACUGGUCCUGAUAGACCAGUGUCAGGAUGAGUCCCGGCAGCAGGUUCGAGAGUUUGAUGAGUCCAAGAAGCAGAUGGAAGAGGACGGGGACCGCGAGAUCCAGGACAUUAGGAUUAAGUAUGAGCGGCAGCUGAGAGACGAGAAAGAGACCAUCCUCCGACUGAAGGGGGAGACGGGCCUCAUGAGGAAAAAGUUCAGCAGCUUGCAGAGAGAGAUUGAUGAACGGAUGUCAGAAAUCGAGAGGAUGAAGGCAGAGCAUAAUAAACUGCAGUCAGUCAUCAAGUCCCUGGAGAAAGACAUCAUGGGGCUGAAGAAAGAGAUCCAGGAGCGAGACGAAACGAUCCAGGACAAGGAGAAACGCAUAUAUGACCUGAAGAAGAAAAACCAAGAGCUGGAGAAGUUCAAGUUUGUGCUGGAUUAUAAAAUCAAAGAACUGAAGAAGCAGAUUGAACCCAGGGAGAAUGACAUUAAAGAAAUGAAAGAACAGAUCCAGGAGAUGGAGGCGGAAUUAGAGCGUUUCCUCAAACUAAACACACAGCUGGAGCUGAAUGUCACCGAACUGAAGCAGAAGCUGAAAGCCACAGACACGGAGAUGCACAAGAACAUGUCCAGGGUGCGAAACGGGGAGGCGCUAGUGAAGAGGUUCAAGACAGAUCUGCACACCUGUGUGGGGUUCAUUCAGGAGCCCAAGAAACUGAAGGACUGCAUCCGAGAUCUCUACGAAAGAUACGUCCAGCAGUCAGACGUGGUGGAGAUUGUGGGAGUCGAUGCGGAUAUCCAGAAAGAGUAUGCACGCCAGAGAGAGCACCUGGAGGGAACCGUCGCCUCACUGCAGAAAAAACUGACCAAGGACUCAGAGAUUCACAGGGCUGACAACAUCAGAAUCAUGCAGGAAAACGUCACACUAAUUAGAGAAAUCAAUGAGCUGAGGCGGGAGCUGAAGGUGACUCGAACACACCUUCACGAUCUCGAGGUAGAAACCCGACUCAACAGAAAGAAAGGGAAGCAGAGCUCCACAGAACCCAGAGUGCGCUCUACUGGUGAUCGCAGCCACACAGAGACCAGGCUGAACUUCGAGGAGGAGGCGGAGAGGAUCAUUGAGCUGCAGCGGCUGCAGAUCCAGCAUCUCCGAGAUCAGACCCACACCCAGGAGCAGAGCUACACCAUGCGGCCCCUGUCUGGAGGCAAACUCCCUGCACUCACAGCCUGAGCAGCUGAGAUCAACAACACAACAUGCAGAUAAACACACCCCCUGUACUCACAAGCAACAGAUAAACACACCCCCUGUACUCACAAGCAACAUAUAAACACACCCCCUGUACUCACAAGCAACAGAUAAACACACCCCCUGUACUCACAAGCAACAGGUAAACACACCCCCUGUACUCACAAGCAACAGAUAAACACACCCCCUGUACUGACAUGCAACAGGUGAACACACCCCCUGUACUCAAAAGAAACAGGUGAACACACCCCCUGUACUCAAAAGAAACAGGUAAACAUACCCCCUGUACUCACAAGCAACAGGUAAACACACCCCCUGCACUCACAAGCAACAGAUAAACACACCCCCUGUACUCACAAGCAACAGAUAAACACACCCCCUGUACUCACAAGCAACAGGUAAACACACCCCCUGUACUCACAAGCAACAGGUAAACACACCCCCUGUACUCACAAGCAACAGAUAAACACACCCCCUGUACUCACAAGCAACAGAUAAACACACCCCCUGUACUCACAAGCAACAGGUGAACACACCCCCUGUACUCAAAAGAAACAGGUGAACACACCCCCUGUACUCACAAGGACUGCUGAAAAAUAUAUAUUCUUUAGAUUUGCUGCUGUUGUCUUUUUUUAUGAUUUACAAGAGAUUUGGUUUGUUUUUUUGGCCAUGUUAAUUAAGGUGAUGGUGAUAAUAAUGUAGAUCUGAAGAGUGUGUAUCUUCCAGUCAUGCUGUGUGCUACAGUCAUGUUAAACUAAGCAUUUUACCAAAUCACUACAGCUUUUAGGCAGUUGAACGAAUUACUGUGUGCAGUUUUGUAGUCAUUUGGUCAAAACUUAUAAGCAACUAGAAUUAACAACAGGCAGAAAACACAAGAACAUGUUGAAGUUAAAAUCAAUCAGACCUGAAUU